GAAAAUAACUGUAACUUCACAAUGUUUACAUGUAAAAUUUCAUCAUAUUAUGUUAGUGAAACAAUAUUAAAGUUGAUUCAAUUGAAUAAAGAACAUUUUAAAUCCUAAACAUGAAUUUAAGAUUAUCAAAUGAGUUAAAAAAAUAGAAAUCCUGUCAUUAAUAUUACUGUUACACAAAUUUAAACAAAAUUAAGUGAGUUAGGUAACAUUGAGGUUUGCUACUUUUUCAACAAUGACAGGCCGCAGUCCAAGGGAAAAUAUCCCUGAGACUAAAAGAGUUUUGGUGGUUGUUUUAGGUGACAUCGGUCGAAGUCCGCGAAUGCAAAAUCAUUGUAAAAGUUUCGUUGAACGAGGAAACCUUGUAGCACUUUGUGGCUACACAGAAACAGAACCAGACCAAGAGAUUAUAUCAGACCCAAGAAUAAACAUUUACAGUCUGGUGCCAUUCCCAGAUGUUCCACUACCACGAAUCAUAAAAUACUUCUUUAAGAUCUUUUGGUCAGCAAUUCAUUUGCUUUCGAUAUUUUUUAGUAUAAAAAAAGCUGACGUUGUGAUGUUACAAAAUCCUCCAGGAAUUCCAUCCCUUGCACUUUGUUAUCUCUACUGUAAAAUAAGAAGGGCAAAGUUUAUUAUUGAUUGGCAUAAUUACACUUGGUCGAUAAUGGCACUUGAAUCGUCUACUAAAAGCUUUACAGUGAAACUUGCAAGACUCAUUGAAGGUUUUUUCGGUCGAAGAAGCGAUUUAAAUUUUUGUGUAACAAAAGCAAUGAAACAAGAUCUUUAUGACAAUUAUAAUAUCAAAGCCACAGUUCUUUAUGAUCGUCCAUCCGAGAAAUUUCAGAAAAUUUCAUUGGAACGAAAGCAUCAGCUGUUUCAAGAAUUAUCGACAUUGCAUCCAGAAUUUAAAGCGCCGCAUGACGAUUCCAAAACAAGUACUGCAUUCACAAGUGCUGUAUUAAAUCAGAGAGGAUCGACAAUCCACAAUCAGUUCAAAUUGAGAGAAGGCAGACCUGGACUUUUGGUGUCAAGUACCAGUUGGACAGCAGAUGAAGAUUUUCAAAUACUUCUUGAUGCUCUUAUAUACUAUGACAACACAGCUAAAGAAGAUGCCGACAAGUAUCCGAAAUUGAUUUGUGCUAUCACUGGUAAAGGACCUUUAAAGUCAAUGUAUGAGAAGAAAAUCGCCGACCAAGAAUGGAAGUUUGUAAAGAUUGUAACGCCGUGGCUCAAGAGUCAAGAUUAUCCUUUAAUGAUAGCUUCGGCCGACCUCGGUGUUUGCUUGCAUUUUAGUUCAAGUGGACUCGAUUUACCAAUGAAAGUUGUUGACAUGUUCGGAUGUGGUCUUCCUGCUUGUGCUAUGAAUUUUAAGUGCCUGAGUGAAUUAGUUGUUGAUGGGCAAAAUGGAUUUGUAUUCAACAACGCUACUGAGCUUGGUAGACAACUUACAGAUUGGUUUUAUGGUUUUCCAAGUAACAUAGCAUUGGACGCUAUGAAAGAUGAAUUUUCCAAAAAUUUACAACAAUUUCAAUCGCUACGAUGGAAAGAAAAUUGGGAAAAUAUAAUGGCGCUUCAAAAUAUUAUCGGAUUACUUUUCCCUCUUGGCGUUGCAAUUACAAUCGGUGAUGUUUUAAAAGAUAAAUGUGCUCUCGCUAUAGGACUUUUCUACAGAGAUCGCACAAGAGAUCUUAGUCACAAUCAUGACGAUGACUUCAUAUCAGAAUUUUACCCUGAACCAGGUUUUGAUACAAAGAGAGCUUCAUCAAAUUCAACAGAAAGAAACGAAGAAGAAAAAUGUUGCAUCUGUUUGGAAGUUAUGAAAAGAUACCAAUGUGUUAGAACACUUCCCUGUGUUCAUAAGUUUCACAAAAAAUGUGUUGAUCAUUGGCUUCGCUAUGAUAUGAUUUGUCCAACAUGUCGCACUAAAUUAAGAAUUAAAAUGGAUUUAAUAUUACUACUAUCAAUAUUUAUUUCUCUUCUGGUGGUUUUACUAUCAUUGCUAUACUUAAAGAGUAAGAGCAAUGGAAAUGAAAACCAGAAACCAGCUGAACAACAGCCUGCAGCGGAAGGACCUCAAUUAGUUAGAAAUCAAAGACGUAACCGUGUAAGAGCAGCAGAACCUCAAGUGCAACAAGCACCUGCUCAUCGUCAACAAGUUGAUUCUGACGAUGAAACUCCUGGAAUAGAAAUUGAUGAAAAAAUGGGAGCUAAAAAACGAGCGAAAUUGGAAGCAAAAGCUGAAAAACGUGCGCAACGAGAAGCUGAAUUAAAAGCUCGUGAAGAACAAAAGAAAAGAGAUGCAUUGGUUGAAGAAGAAAGAAAAAAACAGGAAGAAAAAGAAGCUCUUGAAGAACAAAAGCGGGAAGAAGCAGAACGUAAAGCACAAGAAGAGCGUGAAAGACGAGAACAUGAAGAAUAUCUGAAAAUGAAAGCAGCUUUUGAAGUACAAGAAGAGGGUUUUGAUGAAGAAGAUACAGAGCAAGACCAGCUUCUUCAAAACUUCAUAGAUUUUAUUAAAACUAACAAAGUAGUUGUUCUUGAAGAUCUUGCAGCACAAUUCAAGAUGAAAACUCAAGCUGCAAUAGAUAGAAUUGUUGACCUUCAAAAGGAAAAUCGUUUAAGUGGAGUCAUUGAUGAUCGUGGAAAAUUCAUUUUCAUCUCUGAAGAAGAACUUAAAGCCGUAGCUAAAUUUAUUAAACAACGUGGUCGUGUCUCCAUAUCUGAACUUGCUGAGCAUAGUAAUACGUUAAUUAAUUUCUCUAGUGUCACUUUGAAUUCUUAAGUUUAAAAGAAAAUUAUUUUUUGUAUUCAAACCAAGUAGCGCAG